AUGGAUUCUGACAUGGAUUAUGAGAGGCCAAACGUAGAAACUAUCAAGUGCGUCGUGGUCGGGGACAACGCGGUGGGCAAGACCCGGCUCAUCUGUGCCCGUGCCUGCAAUGCCACGCUGACCCAGUACCAGCUCCUUGCCACCCACGUCGCCACCGCGACGUCCGACGUUGUGGUUUUGUGCUUCUCCAUCGCUAACCCCAACUCCCUGCACCAUGUGAAGACCAUGUGGUACCCAGAGAUCAAGCACUUCUGUCCCCGCGCGCCCGUCAUCCUGGUGGGCUGCCAGCUUGACCUGCGCUAUGCCGACCUGGAGGCCGUCAAUCGGGCGCGGCGCCCCUUGGCCAGGCCAAUCAAACCUAAUGAGAUCCUUCCCCCGGAGAAGGGGAGGGAGGUGGCCAAGGAGCUUGGGAUCCCUUAUUACGAGACGAGCGUGGUGGCCCA